AUGCUAGUGGGCGACGGAGAGGAGCUGGAGGGAGCGGCGCAGGGGUUCCUGGACGAUGGGUCUGACAAGCCUAACCCUGCGCGGAGCACCUCGCUCGAAGCAAAGUGGUGCGAUUCCCAUCCUGUGGAAGGAAGUCGAGCAUCGAACCCGGAAAACCAGAUUCAGUGCCGUCCCACAGCCAGCGCCACUCCGGGCCUCCCUCCUCGGCGCCCCGGGCCUCUGCCCGGGGGCUCCAGGGCGAACCGAGACCGGGGAGUGGGCCAUCCAACCCGCAAGUCGGUCGGCCGCGCCACGCCCACACCUACCCCGGGUGUGGGCCGCGUUCCUCAGCUCUGGGGCUGGGUCUGGGGUCCGGGCCCAGACAGCGCCGUUCCGCUCGACACAUCCGGGGCCGGCCGGAAGAAGCGGCGGUGCGGCUGCUACGGCGAGCCGGAAGGGACGCGCGCCGCGCGCUCGCAGCUGCGCGUUGGCGUGACGUCUGUGGAGCGGGAGGCGCCGAGGCGGUUGGGAGAGCUAGACCCGCAAGACGAGAGCGAGGGCUGA